AAUCACGGGAGCGCAUGGGUGCCGCCAUUUUGCAAACAUUUUCCAUAGACUUACGUGUAAAAACGUGCAUCUGAGUGAAAAAGCCAUGUCGUCAGACGAAAAAGCAAAUGGUGUUACGAUGGCGAAUGAACAGAAAGACGAAGAGAUGAAAACGAACACGGCGGAAGAGGAUGAGAAGAAGGAUGCUCAAGAUCAGAAAGAUGAACAAGAUGUAGAAGGUGACAAGGAAGAGGAAGAUGAGGAGGAGUCUUCAUCAGAAGAAGAACUGCCAUUGGGUUCUGUCGAAGCACCUGUUCAAAUCAUGACUGGAAAGAGAGACAGAAAGAAGGUGGAACGACUUGUUAUGAAAGAAACGCCCAAGACUCCGGAGAAGCAGUUUGUUGUCCCUGUUGGUAAAGGAGUCAAACUCGCAGACAUCCCAAUAGUUCACCAUUUCAUAGAGAAGACAAAGGCACAAGAUCUCAAACCACUUCAUAAAUUCCUGUUUGGAAGGUUUGUUCGGGAUCACAGAGAAACAAAGAAGAAUAUCAGACUGUUCUCAGGAUUCGACUUCACGAAAGAAGAUAAUGAAUACGCCAAGAGAGAGGCCAUCUUGUGCAAAUUCACAAUGGAAGGAAUAAAAGAGUUGUGCACCAUUCUUGAUGUAGAAAAGAAAGGGCUCAAGGAUGUUAUCAUGGAGAGAUUAAUGGAUUUUUGUAUGAACCCACAACCUUCGGGUAGACCUGUACCACAAAAAGGGAAGAGAGGCAAACCGAAAGGAACAAAGAAGACAAAAUCUAAGAAGCCAAAGGGUAAGGGAAAGAAAGGUGGCGGCGAUGCAUCAACAGGAGCAGAAGAAGAUGGAGAUACCACGAUAGACGAUGGAACGGAAGGUGAUGCGGAAGGAGAUGGCGGUGAUACCAGUAUGACAGAAGGGGAGUCUAAACCAAAGAAGAAGAAACCCAAGACUCCGAAGCCAAAGAAAGCAGAAGCAAAACCCAAGUCGCCCAAGAAGAAGAAGAAUGCCACCAAGACUCCGUCAAAGCAGACCAAGAAAUCAAGUCCGGUCAAAUCACCGAAGAAAACGCCAAAGAAGAGGAAGCAUGAGGAUGUCGGUGGUAACAGUUCUGAUGAUGAACCUCUGAUGAAGAAAGCCAAUGCUCCACCUACAGAUAAGCAGAUCAAAGAGACGGUCAAGACGAUUCUUGAAGGAGCCAACCUAGAGGAAGUUACGAUGAAGAUGGUAUGCAGAAAGGUGUACGAUACCUAUCCCCAACAUCCCUUACAACACAAGAAAGAUUUCAUCAAGUCAACAGUUAGAGAGAUUAUUUCAUGAUGAACACCAGCUGCCUUCUAAAUGUUUAUUAUCUUCUGGAAAUAGCCACGGAAUGAUUGCCAAGAAUGUCUCAACCAAGCGUCGGCCACCAACUGGAUCCUUCUGAUCCCCCCAUCAAGAAUCUACCGUAGUGUAAAAGGAGCCCUAGAUGUCGUUGGUCACCCGCUUGAAUCGGUCUGAUUUUAUCUCAGAGGAUCUUGUAGGAUAUGGGGGGGGGGUGUUUCACAAAGAUUUAAGUAUGACUUAGAGUCCCACCUAAUUGCUGAUGCGUAUAUGAUAUGUAAUGCGCAAUAUUAUUGAUCAAUACGCAGUGGUGCGCAACCUCUUGGCAUGAUCUGACCAAUGCUGUCAUGCCUUUUAUUAUGCACUCAACUCAACUUAUAUGUGCGACUCUGAGUCAUAAUUAAAUCUUUGUGAAACACCCCCUAGUCUAUAGAGAUAAGAUUGACCAGAAUAUGCAAAUAAAAUAGUGUGUUAAUAACCUCUUCUAACUCAAAUUUCACCGAAGUCCACCAAAUCUCUGCAGUCCCAAGGGAUUUGUCCAGGUAGAGUCACCUUCAGUGGUAGAAGAGAAGAUUUCCAAGUCAAUGAGGAUAGGUACAACAAUGGCUGGAACACUUGUGUCACUCUUUUGAAUCACUCCUGGGGCCUGUUACCUAAAACUUUCAAUCCACAGUAACUCUCAUCAAUGGUGACUACUUAAUGCCAACCCUGUCCAACAGCCAAUCAGAAUCAAGGUAUCCCUGUAAGUAACCAUUGAUGGCAAAGAUACCCGUUGUAACAAGGUCUGUGCAACCACACCCUGACCCUGGAAAUUAUAAGGUCAGGAUCUUGUUUCUUAAAGACUUGUUAAAUGAUAACAAAUGCACGAUAUCUAGAACAAAUUUAGUGUCGGCCAAGGAGAUUGAAUGAUUUCAGUAGCUUUUAACUGUUUUUGCAAAGUUGUUAUUAUAACGAGUUUUAUGAAACGGGCUCCAAAACUGCUUGUAAUCUGUAGCAAGAUGCGGUUGUUCCUUGCUGCUGUUGCUGACGCAAAACUUUCAGUCAGCAGUAACUCUAUCAUCAAUGGUGACAACCAUGGCAAAGAUACCUGUUUAACAAGGUUUUUGCAACCACACUCUGACCCUGGAAAUUACAAGUUCAGGAUCUUAUUUCAUAAUGUGUAGCAAGAUGCAGUUGUUCCUUGCUGCUGUUGCUGCUGCUGAAACUCUUUGAUUUGAUUAGCUUUCAAAGAUCUAUGACAUACAUGAAAACACUGGUUGUUUAAUGCAGUAGGAUCUAAUCUCUGCAAGUCAUAUCCCCUGAAUUGAGGCCCACCCCCAACAUCCACCAUUCUCAACUCAGUAUGCAGAAAGUUUUUACCAAUUAUUUGUUUCUGGCUUAGUAAUAUCUGAGAGCUUGUAUUCAGUUUACAAUCAGGGGGCCGUUUCAUGAAGCUGUUUGUAAGUGAAGAGUGACUUUAAGAACGACUGGUGAUCCUUUCUUAUGCGCUAAACCAUCGCCUAUGGUAAAUACCAUUUACCAAAAGAAAGGAUCACCAGUCGUUCUUAUCUUACGAACAGCUUUAUGAAACACCCACCUGGUAUUUUAUUCAUUUGGUUCAUAUUUUACUGUAUGGUCAUUUUUUUUUAAUGAAUGAAAGCCUUUUUAAGCCAAACCCUGGCAGACACGGUGCUGCCCACUCCUGGCUUAGGAAGGAUACAAUGGAGAGAGAUCAAGAGAUCAUCAAGCUCAAUACCGAUAUUGAACCAUUAACAUGAAGAUAUGAAUGCUUGUUGAGUAGACAGCGGACUAUAGAUAGCUUGAUUUCUUGAAACAUGUAGAUCAAAGCCUACAGAAUUCAUACACUUCCAUUCUCUCUCAAUAACUAGAAGAAUGCAGCAUUAGCUGAGAAACCAGAGUACCAUGUAUCUUUUUCCACCUCGGCAGAGAACAUGCAUAUUAUUUGUUUCAAUAGUAUUGGAACACCAGAUCAAGAGCUGUUUGUAAGAAUUCCUUGUAAUAGUAGUUUCUACUUUGUAAAGCACAAUACCAAUUGUAAGUGUUUGGUUUUAUGAGAAUGGAUGUCUGUUUUGUACUUAAUGGUCCAACUGCUUAGUGAUAUUAAUCAUUGCCAUUUCUGUUUGAGGGUGUAGCCUUUAUCCUUAAGUGUUCUGAACGAUCUGCAAGAUGAUCAAUGCAGUCAACGCAGUAUCCGAGGUCUUUCUUCUUUCAAUUCAUUGUGUAUCUUUUGAGACCAAGUCUGUGAUAUUUUGGCAUGCAGUUUCAAAGGUAGCCAGCAUUUUGUGCAUAUUAAUUCGAUGGGAAUCCUACAAAUGUACAUGUAUUGUAUAUCAUGACCUUUCUUAGAUGGGGACCUAAAGUACUCUAAAUCUAAACUUGACCUUAGACCUUGGUAUCAGCUCUGUGCGUGGGUGUGUGGUUGUGUUUUAGUUUUGUAGGGGAUUCACAAUGACUUUGUAAAUAGGAAAGCUUAAAUGAUGGUUUAUGAUGGCAUCAUUCCAGUAAAUUUUUUUUAUUGAAAAUUCAUGUUUUGCUUUAUCUUGUAAUAUAGAAACUGAAGGAGGCAUAUCAUCAAACUAAAUCACCUUUUAUCUCUUGCAUAAUUAAUUCAGCUGAUCUGCUAUAGAAUUAGAUAAUUAUAUGGACAUUUGACCUGUUGUCUGCUUCAUUUCAUCAGGCUUUGCACAAAGACUACCUGGUUCAAGAAGGCGACUUGUUACAGAUUCAAUAAUGUUAAAAACUUUGUUAAAUAUGUAUGAAAUGGUAUAGAAAAUUUAAAAUAUUCAGAAUUUUAAGUGCUUUGUCUAGCAUUAGUUGCCGUAUUUCACAGCGUAGAUACAAUCUGUAAAUUAUUGCGAAAUGGAGACAUACCAGUCAUUUGCCUUUUUCACGCAUCAGCUUUUUUUCUUUCAGAGCAACAAGAACAGAAAAUGUGAAUUGAAGACCAGAUUUACUAUGAAAUAUGAUAAUUUUGUAUUUUAUUUGGAUAAAUGUAUAUCUAUUUAUAAUUUCUGUUAUGGAGCAAAGAAGACUGAAAUUAUGAGUGGUAGACCAGGCCGGGGGGUGUUUCACGAAGUAUGACUCAGAGUCGCACUUAAAUGCCGAUGCAUAAAUGGUAUGGAACGCGCAAACAUAUUGAUUAAUACACAGUGGUGCCCGUCCUGUUGUCAUUACCUGACCGAUGCGGUGAUGUCUUUUAUACCACACCCAACUAGGCAUUUAAGCCCAACUCUAAGUCAUACCAAAAUCUUUGUUAAACACCCCCCCUCAUUUACUGUGGAAACUGACUGUUUUAUGUUUUAUAAUGAUAUUUGUACACCAAUUUGUAAUUUCUGUUAUUAUUGCACUUAUAAUUAUCAGAUUGAUUAUGAUUUUCUCGACUGUUAUUCAGCGUUGUGAGCUUUUACUGUGAAGUAUAAAUUAUUAUACCAAUUUUUGUGUGUACAGAGCCAUAUUCACAAUUUCGUAAGAUACUUUUGCCCGUAUCCUGGAGUCGAGUUGAAUUUAGACUCUGGUGUAAAGUUGUGGGAUAACUAUGGAUAGCCAAUAGUGCCAUAAAUCUCUUACAGUAGAGGUUCAAGGUAUCAACUCAUUUUACUCUCAAAUAGGUCAUAACUGUCUGGUAAGGAUGAAUAUUGGUAUAUGUUUUCAACAUAUUAGUAUAAGUGAAGAUCACAGCAAACAUUAGAAACCUGCAAUGUAAACAAGAUGUUGACAUUUUUGGCUUCCCAUAAUUUUAGCACACAGUUAAACUAGACAUCGGAAUGCGGGCCGUUGAGUCUUUUUCAGAGGUUUGCUGCAGAAAAAUUUGCUAUCAGACGCAACUCAAAAACUUAAAACACAAUUUCAUUUUCAACCAAUGACAUGCAAGUAUUGCAAACACCUGUGUUUGAUUUCUUGAGUUGUGAUCAAAUGCAAGUUCUUUUUGCAACAGGCCCAAUAUAUUAUGUUGUGACAACAUUUUUUCAUAGUGGAGACAAAGUGAACGUUCCGUGCAAGCCUUGUGGGUAACUAUUUUUGCUACCAGCAGAUCUCCCUCAAUGACAGUACCAUGCAUGUAUCUCACACGUAGUUGCCUGCAGAAGCGCAGGCUAGUGUGAUUUGCACGCAGAAAAGUUUUGAAUAUUCAACAUGCUCAAAACUUUGUUGGGUACGAGUUGCAAUCAGUCAUCUGUAACUCACUUGCAAGGCGUACACGAAACGACGUGACAGGGCACUGAAGCGUAGAAAAUACCGGUAGUGCACAUGGUAUGUUUCAAGUCUUGAAAAUGCAAGAGCCCAUAAUUUCACACAGAAGCUCAUAACAUAAUGAUUCAUCAAUGUCAUUGAAUGUAAUUACUUGAGUUGGAACAUGUCAGUGGCAUGUAUUACUCUUGGAUUUAAAUAAUAUACAAUUUUGAUUUACAAUGAAUAUGGAAUUUAGUUAAUUGUACAUUUAUGGUGUGAUAUAUUUUCAAACCACUGAUGGCAUACUCGCACUCAUCUUAUUUUAAUUAGCCAGAAUUAGUGCCAUUUGCUGCUAUUCAUAUAUGUACAUUUCGACCAUGUUGAAUCCAUAGUUUGGUCUGGAAAAUGUAUGAAAUGUAAUGUAUAAUUUUUAUCUUGGUCAUCAUGCCUGUAUGUAAAGUUUUAGUCCAGUUUGUACAUUACCAUUUUUUAAUAAAACAAAAUCAAGUUAUGGA